AGAUGUGUUCCUGAAAGAUUUUGAGCAAGAGCAAUCGUCAGUCCAGGGCUCAUCCGAAGUGCUGGGCUUGAGAGUGAGUGAUGACUGUAACAGGGGCAGCUGAGGCUUAGCUGUGUAGCUCACAGAAAAAGGUGUACAUUGUAUUUCUCUGCUUUGGUAGCAGGUGCAGGCUCUUUACUGAAGGGAGAGUUGCCUAAAAGGAAAAGAAGAGAUAUUUUGUGUGGAUUUUAUUCUGGUUCUUCUGACUGCUACACUAUAUAUUAUCAUUAAGACGUGGAGGACUGGGGGACACUGGCACCUUUGACUUUUAUCUUGCUGUUUCCUAUUUCUGAAAUCUUAGAUGCAUCCUUAGUUUUAAAAUAUUUUUGGGGUGUGACUAUUUUUGGUCUCAGCUGUUUAUCUCAAGCUAAAUAUACACUGUAUUGUUGUGGACUUGAAGUGUUAUAGGGGCACCUUUGGACCCCAACUUGCAACCAACAUUGACUAACUUGGCUAUAGCAGUGAGAGGACAAUGCCUGGAUUAUCCUAUAAUAAGCGACUCUGUAACUUGCCUGUUGGAAGCUGCAAGUGAAUCAGGGACUGGAGGCUGUCGGUUAGCUGCUGGCUGCAUUCCACCAGUUUGUCUGAAGACUGUAAACAUCUUGACAACCUUCACUAGCUGGUAGGAUACACGCACAACGAAAGAGACAACAGGAUCACCCUUCACACUCUGGGACAAUGACCCAACACACCUCCAGGCUGUGAAAGGGCUAUUUGACCAAGAAGGAGAGUGAUGGAGUGCUGCAUCAGAUGACCUGGCCUUAACAAUCACUCGACUUCAACCCACUUGAAGAUGUAUUUAUUUAUUUAACCUUUAUUUAACCAGGUCAGGAGGGAUUAGUUGAAGAAUGCUGGUCCCAGGUGCCCAACAGGAAGAUGGUGAUGCGUUGGCCGAGAGCCACAGCUGUUAGAUGGUUGCUGUUGAUGCUCGUAUGGCAGUGGACAGUGCUGGGCCACCUCGGCUGGGUUCUGGCCCUGGCUGAGGGGCAGCAGAGUAACAACCCCUCGCUCACUGCUGCCAGCACAGGACACCAGAGUGGCGAACAAUUGGAUUGGCUGCUGUCUGAGAAGGGACCUUUCCACCGUUGUCCGGAAUACACAGAGUUCAAAGAACGCUUCCAGCAAGGCUUCUCCACACGCUAUAAGAUCUACAGGGAAUUCAGCCAUUGGAAAGUAAACAGCUUGGCUACAGAGAAGAGGGACGUUUUUAAGGCCCCCUUGCCACUGGCGCCGGAGUUUCUACGCAACCUGAGGCUGCUGGGUCGAAGGCCAAGUCUGCAGCAGAUCCACGAGAACUUGAUAAAGAAAUAUGGGACACACUUUUUGGUGUCUGCUACACUAGGAGGAGAAGAAUCGUUGACAAUCUUCCUGGAUAAGCAGAAGCUCAGUAAGAAAUCGGAGGGACAGGGAAACAGCUCGGUGGUCUCCCUAGAAGUACUGCAUCAGUUGGCUGCCUCUUAUUUCACAGACCGCGAGAGCACCUUAAGAAGACUUCACCACCUACAGAUAGCCACCUCCGCCAUAAAGGUAACAGAAACUAGGACUGGGCCACUUGGAUGCAGUAACUAUGACAGCCUUGAUUCUGUUAGCUCUGUCUUGGUACACAGUCCUGAAAAUAAAAUACAUCUAAAAGGUUUACAGGAUGUCCUUCCAGAAUUCCUCCGGAACCGUUUUGUGGAGGCUGCUCUCAGCUACGUGGCAUGCAACUCUGAGGGGGAGCUUUUGUGUCGUAACAAUGACUGCUGGUGCCGCUGCUCUGCCAAGUUCCCUGAUUGUAACUGCCCCUUGGCUGAUAUCAAAGUCAUGGAGGAAAAUCUGCACAAAAGCAAGGAAUCCUGGACCAACUUCAACACUGAAUUCAUGGAAUCAGAUGAAUUCAAGGCCUUCAUGAAAAAACUACCAACGGACCGUUUUUUAAACACAUCCAUGGUAUUCAAGUUUUGGGCAACAGAUGCAGCUCUACAGAAGCGCUACAGCCAAUUGGAGAUCAGCACCAAUUUGGUUCUUGGGAAAGCCCAGAAGAUUGUGAGGAAACUCUUCACUCUGAGCAAGCGCUGUCCCAAACUGCCAAGGAUCAGCCUCUCUAGAGAAAGGACGCCAGGAUUUUGGCUGAGCAAGGCCCAGUCACUCCUGUACUGCAACGAGCAUGGAAUCCUGGGCACGUUUUCAGAGGAGAUGCAGAGCUGCACCUGCACUGCAGAGCACAGUAGCGCCUGCCAGGGGACAGUGCCCUGUGAGGUCGGAGAGGGGUCAACCUGCCUCUCAUGUGCCCCGGACAACAUCACCCGCUGUGGCUCGUGCCACCUUGGCAACAUCCUGCACCUGGGCUCGUGUCGGCCCAACAUAGCAAACUCUCUGGACCACUACCUGAACAUUGACUUUGACAUGCCGGACACAGAGGUCAAGUAUCUGCUCCAGCAGCUGGACAGUCGCAUGGAGGUCCAUGCCAUCUACAUCAGCAAUGAUGUGCGUCUGGGCAGCUGGUUCAACCCGGCCUGGAGGAAACGCAUGCUCCUCACUCUAAAGAGCAACAAAAACAAAUCCAACCUCAUUCAUAUGCUAAUGGGAAUCUCAUUCCAGAUCUGCUCCACUAAAAACAGUACCCUGGAGCCUGUGCCUGCUAUCUAUGUCAACCCAUUUGGGGGCAGCCAUUCGGAGAGUUGGUUCAUGCCUGUCAACCAGCAGGACUUCCCAGACUGGGAGAGAACUAAAUUGGAUGCCUCUCUGCAGUGCUACAACUGGACGCUGAUGCUGGGCAACAAGUGGAAGUCCUUCUUCGAGACGGUGCACAUUUACCUGCGCAGCCGCAUCCUGACCGAUGACCCCACCGUCAACGAGACCCUUUUCUACGAGCCCUUGGACCUGGACGACCACACGUCCAACCUGGGCUACAUGAAGAUCAACAGUCUCAAGGUGUUCGGCUACAGCAUGCACUUUGACCCAGAGAGCAUCAAAGACCUGAUUUUGCAGCUGGACUACCCGUACACACAAGGAACCCAGGACGCAGCCUUUCAUAUGCUGCUGGAGAUGAGAGACCGCAUCAACCGGCUCUCCCCGCCCGGAGUGCAGCCAUUGGACAUCUUUUCAUGUCUGCUCCGCCACAGGCUUAAGCUCUCCACCAGCGAGGUGGUGCGCAUCCGAGACUCCCUCCAGAUUUUCAACUCCAAGCUGCCCAAUUCCUCUGAGGCAGAGCUGGGCCAGUUAUGCAGCUAGCUCAGUCUAAAUUAGGGUCCAGGAGUGCUGCGCUGCUGGUUACUCUUCAGUCAUCCGCCAAUUUAUCCAUCUGGUUUGGAAAACAUGUACAUAUAUUUCUGAGAUGUCUAGAACAUUCCUAUACACUUGCUGAAAGACUGUGGUGUGUGUUGAAUCUGUUGAAUGUGGAGUGAUGUCAUGACAACAGAUAAUUUUUAAUAUAGAAAGCAAGGAGCUCAGAUGAGUUUUCAAAAGGAUCACUAUGGCUGUUCAUCUGUUGGCAUGAAGUUAAGGAAAUGGAACAGGAUUUCCCUUUCUAACUUUUUUUCUUUGGUUACAGAACAAUUUCAUUUAAAAGGGAAAAUAUGAUGUGCUGAAUGAGUUGUUGAUUAUGCUUAACGGUUUAUUUUGAUAAUCAUUCACAUUUUUUUAUCCUUGCCUUUCCAUUUUAUCUUGCGUUCAAAACCAUACAAGAUGUGUAUUUGUGCUUAACAUUUGGUUGAGAAGCCCAUGACUGAAUCGUUCUAUUCAGCAACAUUACUUGACCAAAAGAAGGUGAACAUUGUGGCAAACUGAGUGGCAUAAAUGUCUUAAAUGUUGAGUUUAGUUUUUCAGCUGACUUCAAAAGGAAUUCUUCUGACAUGGUUACAAAAGGUCUGUGGAUACAGCUCUGUAAAUAUUGCUCCAUCUAUGUGGAAAGUGCACAUAACUUUUAUUUGAUAACCAAGUGCAAACACCCCAAAAAUAUUUGUAACAAAAAAAAAUCAUGCCUUAUAAUGGAGAGUCAAUGUUCAGAUUAAAAGCACAUUUAGUUAAGUUUAAUUUCCAAGCUAGAUGUUUUGAAUAUAUUUUGCAAACAUAACACCUUUUUUUGGAAUAGGCUAACUGUAUUUGCAUUCUAAUGAGUACACUGUAUUGUGGAUCUUACCUGUAAAUGCAAGUCACAAUUCCAGUUAAACAUAUUGCGGAAUUUUAUUAUUUUUUUAACUAGUUCUUUAACUCAAAUGUUUAUUAAUGGUAUUCACGGUAGGCCUAGAUUGGAACUCAAAUAAAUAUGAGCUGAUAAACUGGAGACCAUGCAUUUCUCUUAGUAUAUUCCAACUGGAUAUGUUUCAAAUCUUUUACAUGGAUUGUGAUGGUUUAACAAUUGACCAAACUGCUAUAUCUGUAGCAUAUGUUAAAGUACUAUUUGACCUUUCAUUAUCUCCAAAACCUACAUCUUUAGUGAAAAAAUGCUGUCAUAAAUCUACUGCUGGAAUAGGUGUGUUUAUAGGAUUUAUCAAUUGUACCAUUGGACAAUUGGAACAUUUGGUCUCGACAAAGAACACAUAUUUAAAUGUCCCUCUUCACUGUACGAAUCCUCUUUGUUACCAUGAAAUGGAAUUACCCUGGGUGCUUCCUGAUAAGAUUAAUGUUCUCUAAUAUAUGAAGUGCAGCAUUUGCAAGUUAAAAGUAAUUUCCAAGGUUGCCACAGAGCACGGGAACCAAACACACAUUGUCACAUUGCAUCAAACUCACUAUGCCUCUGAACAACCUGGGAAAAACAUCAAACUAUUUUAAUGAGAUGGGAGUCACAAACACAGAGUUUGUAAAUAAAAGUUAUUUAUCUUGAUGUCAUCUAGAAAUCACCACUUGCCCUUCAGCUAAUCGUCAGGACAGUGAAGGACACCCAAUCAAUCAAGGAGGGUCUAUUAUGCUGUGUAAACAUUUCAAACAUUCCCACAAGAAAAUGAGGGAAAUGGGGUUGGCAAUUUUUCUCCAAUGAUUUAUUAUGUUUUGAGAGUCCAAUAAUUUAAUUGAGGUAUUGUGGUAUUGGUCAAAUAAAAUCUGGUUCUUGUACUUCUUUUUUGCCUGUACCAGUGUAGGUCAUGUAGUACAGUUAUCAAUUACAAUUUGGAUUAUAGGUUCAGGGAAAUGUUAGAAAUACAAAGUGUCUGGAGAAUAGAUUAUUAUUAGCACACAGAGAAAGAGAGAGGGGGAGAGAGAGAGGGGGAGAGAGAAACAUUCAAACAUUCCACUCCAAUUCCACAUCCACUUGCAUAUCAGUCUAAAAUCUAAGCAUGCAAAUGAAUGCAUUAACUCUCCUUGACUUGAUUGGCUAGCCUCUUGUUACAUGAUAGACAGUACACUGAGUACAGCAGAUGAUUUCACAGAGCAUUUAUUUGCCAUGUAUUCCUUUCUGUUUAUUGCCUUUGACUGCCUCUGACUGCCUCAGUCCAUAGGACAGUAACUGACGGUUAGCAUGGCUGCCAGCACACAGCACUUAUCAUACCACCCAGAUGUUCUUAUUUCAAACUCUGUAUUCUUUUAUGUCAAUCAGUGGUGUGAUUUGUUUCAAUUUCUUCCAAUUCUGCCACAUUGGACUUCUUUUAACAUUUGAGGCACUUCAUUGUUAACGGCGGCCGUCCUUGAGCUUUUUAUGGCCACCAUGUUCAAGGCUGGACAGCUCUUUUCACGUGUGCUCUAUCCAUUUUCCAUUGGUGAGAGGACGCCUGACAUGUAAAUAUCCCUGUGGAAGUAAAGGGUCUUCCACAAUGCCAACACUGUCACUUAGCAGUGGCCUGUUUGUCUGGUGUGCAAGUCUUAGGACUGGUGCCAAUGUCCUUAGGCCUCAGAGAGGCAUGACCUCACUAUUAUGGUUUAUAACUUAUUUCAUAUGUGGGGGACAUCUUUGUUUCCACAGGGUGCCGAUCUUAGCUUUUCAAUGGGUAAUGAUAUGAGAGAAUGGCACCACUAUAAGAGGUUAUCAUUACAGUUUGAUUUGAAUGUCAUCUUUAGCUGCCUUUAUUUAAUUACAUUUUCUAUAUCAGUAUUGCUACCAUCAAAAUCAAACUAUCUAUAAAGGUGGUAGUAACAUGGUUUAAAGAUUUGAACAAGUUGUGAACACUUACAAUGAUCAAUUAUAUACAUUUAUCUCUGAUAUAAUUACAGUUAUAACUUGUUCCUAUAUUUCUACCAUGUCAGUACCUAUGCUGUAAAGUACACUACUUAUACAAGCCAUUCAAGAAAUAAGCAACAAACUCUCUGUGUGUCUAGCUUGUACUAUUCCUGACAUAAUUAACCCAAGCAAUUUUUCCGUACAGUAUGAAAGGUAAUUGUCGUUCGAAAAAUGUACAAAUAUUUCCUAAACGCCUUCAACUUCUGUAUGGUUUAGAAUAAGAUGUUGUUUUGGCCCUGAAAGCUACAAAUGUCCAGAACCAAAGUGCUGAAUGUAAAUAUUCUUAGGUUGACUCCAUCCACUUUGAUCAGACUCUACUUCACACAGCUCAAUCAAGAAUAUGAAAUAUCAGCUCAGUAUCCAGCUGAAAGAAUUAUAUUUGAUUAUAUGAUCAUGUUUUAUGUAUUUGUAUCUGUACAUACUGAAUGAGGCGCUACAUACACAAACAUACUGAUAUGCUUACUGGUUGGCUCUGUAAAGAACCGUUUAACUUUUUAUUAUUGUUUGAUCAAAAAUAUUUGUUUCUCUCAAUGUUUUAACAGGAUGUAAAUGUUCUUAUAUUAAAUAAUAAAAAAGAACAACUAA